AUGGUUGGCGAAAAAAGGAAGCGAACAAGUAAGAUUGAAACAAAAGAUUGUGAAAACAGUGAGAAUGAAUUUACAGAGAAUAUUCGUGGAUUCUAUAGUAUUGAGUCAAGUAAGGAAGAUUUGGGAAAUAUUGAUGCAAAUGAGGAAUUAAUCCAAAAUUCACUUAAAUAUUAUCCGGAAGAAAUUCAGCCUAUAAUACGUUCAUUAUGUAUAAAAUACGGUAGUUCGAGAUUUCAAGAAAUCUUUCAGCUUGCAAAUACAAUAGGAAGCAAUAACAAUUCAAUUCCAUACUUGCAAGUUUUAGGAAUGCCGGGAACAGGGAAAUAUUCACUUGUUAAAGAUAUGUUAAAGAGAAAUGGGUCUAUUUUUGGUUAUAUGAAUGGGGCAUAUACAAAGUGGUUGUGUAAUUCAAAAGGAGGGUGUAUCAAUAAAAUUGCAGUAGAGAACUUAUUUAUAAGACCAAUCGAACAAAUUAGAAAGAAAUUAAUUAAGAAAGGAAUAUUUAACAACAAAAAAGGAAGAUCUAAAAUUAGUUUGUUUGAGAAUGAGUUAGAAAGUUCUUCAACAUCAGCAAACAAUAUUAUUGAAUUUAUAGAUGAAUUAAGAUUAAUAAAAAAAGAAUAUUCCGAGUACUUACAAAAGCAUAGCAGUGAAGAAAAUAAUAGCUUGGAUGAUGAUUUAAAUAGUGAAAGCAGUACAAAUGACGGAGAAGUUGAACUUGCUAAGGUGAAAUCAAAAAGUAUUUUUUUGAUAGUAAAAGAUGUAACUACUAUUUCAAAAAAUAAACCAGAUUUACUGUUAACUCUAAUGAAAUUACAUGAACACUUGAGAGAUGUAAUAAUACUUCCUGCCAAGAAAGAAAAGUGUAUUGUAAAUAUUAAUUAUUGUGUUAUAUUUAUUGAUAAUUAUGGAAUUCCGGAUGACUUCUUUUGUACUCACUUGCCUUUUCCAGUAAUAUGGUUCUCAUCUUAUAAUGAUAUACAAAGUUUUGACAUAAUUGCAAAUUUAAGAUUAAAUACUAAUAUUAAAGAAAUAGAUUUGGAUAAUGAAAUACUAAAAGUUUAUGAGAGAAAGAAUUCACAAUCAAUUUUAGUUGAUACAUUAUUAAGUUCAUAUAUAAAAGGUUCAAUUGACUUCUUUCCCAAAACUGAAACAAAUUCGAGUCGGAUUAAGCUGAAUUUAUUGAAAGAUGAUACAAAUAAACAAAAUAUUAUCUCAAUUGAAACACUUUACUCAAUAUGGACUGAAUUUAUUGCAGAAAUGAUUACAAUAUUACAUCCAUAUUUAAAAUCAGAUUUUAAAGAAAUUAUUUUCAAAAUUAACAAUUUAUGGCCAGUAUUUUUACUCCCUCUUGUUUCUGGUGAGUUGUAUUUCACAAGAAAUAAAAACAAUGACGAUGAAAUACAUUCAGUAACUCAAAAGCUAUUAAAUAGGUUCAAAAGGCACUAUGAUAGUUUAACGAGGAAUGUAUAUUCUCACUUUUUGCCAGAGCUGUUUCAAGGAGAUUUAAUUUCGACAAAUGAGAAUGCCAGUGGAAUAUUGAAUUAUGGGUUUUUGAAGAAUAUUUCUCAAAUUAAUAUGCCUUAUUUUACCAAAUUAUUACUUCUUUCUGCAUAUGUUGCCUCAAAGGUUCCAAAGAAAGACGAUAAAACACUUUUUCAUAAUUUGGUAGCUUCUAAACUUAAGUCAAAAAGAGGGAGAAAAAGGACAAAUAAGCAAAAUUUAGGGAAAGUUGAAUCAAGAAACAAAGAGGCUUUUUCUUUGAUUCGUUGGAUUGCAAUUGCUGAUUGUAUUGCUCUGCAUAUUACAGGCAAACAAGGGAUAGAAUUAUCAGUCCCUAUUUUUGAACAGAUAAAUGAUAUUGUUAGACUCGGAUUGGUAAUACCUGUUACAGGAAAAUGGAGCCAGUUAGUUUUAUCUAAGGGAGAAGCAAGUGGGCCAUUAUUUAAUAUCUCUCCUCUUCAGGAUUUGAGUGUUGGCCAAAAUAUUGGACUUGAAAUUGCAAUGUAUAGACAAGGAAAUAUUGGAUUUAAUUCUUCUUCUGGAUUCAACAACCUAUAUAAUGCGGUUUCCACAAACAAUUUGAAGUUAACUUAUUUGGAAUCUCCAAUAAAUAUAGAAGAUCCACGAACAUUGUAUAUAAUACAGGCUCCAAGUGAAAUGAUAGAAGCAUUCUCGAUGGAAAUUGGUGUAAUUCUUAAAGAGAUUAUUCCAGAAAAUUAA